AAACCAUGCAAAAUCCUACAUUGCACAAAAUCGAAGUGUCACAAGUAAAAUGUCCAAUUUAAAUUUAAGUUUAAAAAUUCCGAAAUAAACAAUGUUCGCGAUUCGCAGAUUUCUGGCCGGCGGAUUGCCGAACCGCGUGCUCCGGCAGAACGUAGCACAGAGGCCCGUAACAUCGUACCUGUCGCACAACCGCCCAAAUUUUAGGUUAUGUUUACCGUCUUACAUAAACAAACGUAAAACUGUAUUCAAAAAGGCAGUCCCCAAAUUGCUCCUCGCGCUAAGCAUACUGAAAUGGAUCGGAUUCGAGGAGGAGGACGAGAAAAAAGAUUCGGAACUGAUAAUGACGUUGAAAAGGGCGGUGUUGUGCACCCAAAGGGAGCAGUACGAUAAGGCCGAGCAGAUGCUGCAUCUGGCGUUGAGGAUCGCGCAGCAACAGCAGAACCAACAGGGUGUUAUUUACUGUUUCGAUUUAAUGGCGAACCUCGCCUUUGAACGGUUCGACUUGGAUAAAGCCGAGAAGUUGUUCGUUAGUGUUUUACAAAUGUUGCUGGGUUCUGGGCUCGAACAGGAAGAUUUAAAGGUCAUUCAUAUCAGCUUGAAGCUGGCCAGAAUAUGUCAACUGAAGGCGGAAAUAGAAAAAGCAGACAUUGGAUACAAGUGGUGUUUGGAGAAGAUUGAGAAACAAAAAAACGAUAACGUGGAUGCACAAAUCCUCUAUGGUGUUAUAAAUGACUGGUAUGCCCAAUUUUUAUUGGACAAAGGUGACAUACAAAGAUCAUUUUUACAUUUAAAUGAAGCCUAUAACACAUGUUCCAAAACUCAGGGAAAGAACAACGAAACCAGCAUGUUACUAUUAAAUGACUUGGGCAUAACUAGUUUCCGUGCUGGAGACGUUGAUGCAGCCCAGAAAUUUUUAAUUGAGGGCAUAUCAAUAGGGAAAAGGCUGGAAGAUCAGUCACACUUAGGUGUAUUGCAUGCUAACUUAGGGCUGAUUAUGAUUGAAAAGGGCGUUUUGAAGGAGGCAGAAAGAUACUGCAAAGAAGCAUGGAACUUAGGUAAGAAACAUGAAAACGGAGAGAGCGUUGAACAGGCGAAUUAUUGUUUUGAUCAAAUCAAACUCAACUUAGGAAAAUAAAAUUUUAUUUAACAAAUUCUACCAUAUUAAAGUUCACAUAAUUGUUGUAAUAAUGCAUUAUGUAUAAAUAAAAUUGUCUGUUACUUAAA